GGCAGAGUCCGAACAGAGCGGGGUUUAGCAAUAAAUAAAAAUACAGAGACUGUGAGAGAAAUGAAACAGCAUUUGUCUCCUACUUCCUCAUUCACUGUUCCCUUUUAAUCGUCGCCACUCGCGAGACGAUACGAACCACAGCUUCCCCUUCUCCGUCCCCUUGGUUUCUCGUUUUCCUUUGUCCAUUUCCAGAUUGUUUCUUUGUUUGGUUGUUUUAAUUUGUUUGUUUGCUGGAACCAAGAACCAAGAACCAAGAACCUUGCUCCGGCUCCAUAUUUGGGAUCUAAACACGCAUACAACAAACCCCCACGAUUCCACAGAUCGCCCAGCCCAGCUGAGGGAGGUGUUCAUCCUCUUCACAGAUUCAAAAACAACAACAAGGGUGACCCAUUUCUUAUUUCUCUGCUUCUACUGGGUUUUGGCUGAAUUUGGCUCUGUUUCGCUCUCGCCUCGUCGUGUCAGUUGCAGAAAUCAGUUGGGUUUUUUUCAAAUUUCGUUUUCAGGGUUUGUCUUUUGACUUUCCAUCCAUAAACUUUAAGCAACCGAAGAUGUUGAAUCUAAGGGUUUUGGGUUUGAUUAUUGCAUUCCGGGUGUAGCGUUCUUCAUCUGUAGAGUUGAGUUUUUCAUCAGUGGCGAGCUGAUUGUUGUUCUGCUACUCUCGGGAGCGCAAAUCCGUUUGUUCUUUUCAAUCAAGGAAGCUGUAUUGGCCACAAAAUAAGGGGAAAAAACUGGGUUUUCCUGGCGCAUUUCUACCGAGAAAGGCAUUACAUUUGGGGAAAACGCAAUCCUUCGAAUGAAAGAGGCCGAGAAAAAUUUAGAUCCUCAACUAUGGCAUGCCUGCGCCGGAGGCAUGGUACAGAUGCCGGCUGUUAACUCCAAGGUUUUCUACUUCCCUCAAGGCCACGCCGAGCACGCUCAGGCCACCGUCGAUUUCACCUCCUCACUCCGAAUCCCUGCCCUAAUUCCUUGUCGAGUCGUCGCCGUCAAAUUCUUGGCCGACCAUGAAACCGACGAAGUUUUCGCUAUUAUAAGAUUACUCCCACUGGCAAACAACGACCUCAACAAUUUCGACGAAGACGGAGCUUUCGGGAGUAAUGGGUCUGACAAUAAUAUGGAGAAACCCGCUUCCUUUGCCAAGACGUUGACCCAAUCCGAUGCCAACAACGGCGGUGGCUUCUCGGUUCCAAGGUACUGUGCGGAGACGAUAUUCCCGCGGCUGGAUUACACGGCGGAUCCGCCGGUUCAGACGGUGAUUGCCAAGGAUGUUCACGGCGAAGUUUGGAAAUUCCGGCAUAUUUACAGGGGGACGCCUCGGCGGCAUUUGUUAACGACUGGAUGGAGUACUUUUGUGAAUCAAAAGAAGCUGGUCGCCGGCGAUUCGAUUGUUUUUCUGAGAUCCAAAAACGGUGACCUCUGCGUCGGAAUCCGGCGAGCCAAGCGAGCAAUUGGGUCUGCCGCCGAGAGCCCAUAUGGGUGGAAUCCCGGCGGUGGGAAUUGCAUCCCGCCUUACGGUGGAUUGACAAUGUUUCUGAGAGAGGAGGAGAGCAAGUUGAGUAGAAAAGGUUGCUUGAGUUCCAGUGGUGGUGGGAAUUUGAGGGGAAAAGAGAGAGUGAGGCCGGAAUCAGUAAUUGAAGCAGCGGCGCUGGCGGCGGGUGGGCAGGCGUUUGAGGUGGUUUAUUACCCACGUGCGAGCACGCCUGAGUUCUGUGUGAAGGCCUCAUCGGUGCGAGCCGCGAUGAGAAUCCAGUGGUGCUCUGGUAUGAGAUUCAAGAUGCCAUUUGAAACUGAGGAUUCUUCUCGAAUUAGUUGGUUCAUGGGCACAAUUUCUUCUGUUCAAGUUGCUGAUCCUAUCCGCUGGCCUAAUUCUCCAUGGCGCCUUCUCCAGGUAACAUGGGAUGAGCCAGAUUUGCUGCAGAAUGUGAAGCGUGUUAGCCCUUGGUUGGUUGAACUGGUAUCGAACAUGCCCGUCAUUCAACUAUCACCAUUCUCUCCACCGAGAAAGAAGUUUCGACUACCACAACACCCAGACUUUCCCCUCGACGGCCAAUUCCCAUUUUCGUCGUUUUCAAGCAAUACCCUAAGGCCAAGCAGCCCCAUGUGUUGUUUAUCUGAUAACACUUCUGCAGGCAUACAGGGAGCCAGGCAUACUCAAUUUGGAAUAUCUUUAUCAGAUUUCCAUCUCAACAACAAACUGCAAUUAGGGCUGGUCCCAUCCAGUUUUCAGCAGCUUGAUUUUCACUCUAGAAGUUCCAAUAGAUCAGUUAAAGACCACAGAGACAGCAGCAGUCAGAACUCACCGGUGUUGCUAACCGGGGAAAAUACCGGUCCAAAGUUGGAACGAUCUGAUUCGGUGAAGAAACAUCAGUUUUUACUCUUUGGUCAACCUAUACUCACUGAACAGCAGAUCACUUGCAGCUCUUCUGGUGACAUUCGCUCACCUCAGACGGAGAAAAGCUCCUUGAAUGUGAAUCUGGAGAGAGUGAAGUUUUUAUCUGAUGGCUCAGGAUCCACUUUCAAGCAGCAAAUUUCUCCAAAUAAGUCACCAGGAGCAGGAUUUCCAUGGUACCAUGGUUACCAAGCCACUGAACUUGGCCUAGACAUUGGUCACUGCAAGGUAUUCAUGGAGUCGGAAGACGUGGGCCGAACACUCAAUCUUUCAGUCAUUGGCUCAUAUGAAGAACUAUACAGGAGGCUCGCGAACAUGUUCGGGAUGGAAAAACCAGACAUUCUCAGCCAUGUGCUGUACCAAGAUGCGACAGGUGCUCUCAAACAAGCUGGAGAUAAACCAUUCAGUGAUUUUAUCAAAACAGCUAGAAGACUGACAAUUCUAACAGACUCGAGGCCCGACAAGAUCGGGAGGACAUUGAUGGAUGGAAUGCGCAAUGCUGAAAAUGGAUUAGAUGCCUCAAACAAGACUGGCCCCUUGAGCAUAUUUGCGUAGCCCUGCACCUUUCUUUAUUAUGAUGACACCCCAAUUGUAUCUGCAGAAUUCUGCUUGUUUCUUGGGAAAAAGACUUUUCAGUUUUCAAUCAUUAUGUUAAUCGUGUUGUUGUCUUACCUAUGUAUCAAUAUCAUCACAUCAAACGCCAAACUGUCUAUAAUAUCUAACUGGAUCUUGAUGCCCAAUGUUAGUCCUGUUUUCCUUUA